UAGGUCGCAGUAUACCUCGAUUCCCCUUCCCAGGACACUCAGAAGGAGUGUAGGACUCGGAGAGAGAGGGACAGUCACCAGAGAAUCAGUAACAGCUCCCAGCACAGAGGAGAUCGUUUCAGAAAGGACAUACAGCCUCUGGAAGCUUUGCAGGGAAAAGCAGCAAAACAACAACUGCUUACCAAAAGGGAGACUCCAAGACUACAUUUUCCAAUUCUGUGUCCAGUGAAAUUUACAGAAAGCUGCCAUGAAGCUGAAGAUACCAAACCCAGGACUGGAUGAGCGGAUCCCCUCUCAUGCGGACCUGGAGAGGAUGGAGACAGAGGAGGCUGGGGAGAGGCCCAAAUGGGACAACAAAGCCCAGUACCUGCUCACCUGUGUGGGCUUCUGUGUGGGACUUGGCAACGUCUGGAGGUUCCCAUACCUGUGUCAAAGUCAUGGAGGAGGAGCAUUUAUGAUCCCGUUUCUGAUCCUGCUGGUUCUGGAGGGAAUCCCACUGCUGCACCUGGAGUUUGCCAUCGGUCAGCGCCUGAGGAAAGGCAGCGUGGGAGUGUGGAGAUCAAUCAAUCCCUGCCUGACUGGAGUUGGUAUUGCAUCCUUGCUUGUCUCAUUUUUGGUGGGUAUGUACUACAACACCAUCAUGGCCUGGAUCAUGUGGUAUCUCUUCAACUCCUUUCAAAGUCCUCUGCCUUGGAGCCAAUGUCCUCUCAAUGCUAACAGGACAGGUCUGGUAGAGGAGUGUGCUCGGAGCACCACCGUUGACUACUUCUGGUACAGGGAGACUCUGAACACUUCAACAGGUAUCAGUGAGUCUGGGGGCCUGCAGUGGUGGAUGGUGCUGGCCCUGGUAGCUGCCUGGUCUUUGCUCUAUGUCUGCUGCAUCCGGGGCAUCGAGACCUCUGGAAAGGCUGUGUACAUCACUUCCACUCUGCCAUAUUUGGUCCUCACCAUCUUCCUCAUCAGAGGACUGACUCUAAAAGGCUCCAUAGAGGGAGUCAAGUUCCUCUUCACGCCAGAUGUGAAUGAGUUAAUGAAUCCACAAACUUGGUUAGAUGCAGGUGCCCAGGUUUUCUACUCCUUCUCUGUGGCUUUUGGAGGUCUCAUCUCGUUCUCCAGUUACAACUCUGUUCACAACAACUGCGAGCAGGAUGCCGUUCUCAUCUCUAUCAUCAAUGGCUGCACCUCAGUGUACUCUGCAACGGUUAUCUACUCUAUCAUCGGCUUCCGGGCCACGCAAAAAUACGAUGACUGCAUGGGAGACAACAUCCUGGAGCUGAUAAAUGCCUUCAACUAUCCUGAAGGCACUAUCACAGAGAGCAACUACAACGAGGUUCUGACCCACCUCAACCAAACGCAACCCGCUAUCAUUCAAGGGUUGCAAAUCCAGACCUGUGACAUGCAGACUUUCCUCAGUCAGGGUGUGGAGGGAACAGGUUUGGCCUUCAUCGUGUUCACGGAGGCAAUCAUCAAGAUGCCUGUUUCUCCUCUCUGGGCUGUCCUCUUCUUCAUCAUGCUCUUCUGCCUCGGCCUCUCGACUAUGUUUGGCAACAUUGAGGGAGUCGUGGUUCCUUUGCAGGACCUCAGAGUGUUGCCCCGAACUUGGCCCAAAGAAGUUUUCUGUGGUCUGACUUGUUUAAUUUCUUGCGUUUUCGGGCUCAUAUUUGCUCUGCGCUCUGGAAACUACUGGCUGGCUCUUUUUGACAACUUCGCAGGUUCUAUCCCCCUUCUGAUCAUCGGAUUCUGUGAAAUGUUUGCUGUUAUCUACAUUUAUGGCAUAGACAGGUUUAACAAGGACAUUGAGUUCAUGAUUGGCCACAAGCCCAAUAUGUUCUGGCAGGUGACAUGGAGAGUGGUUAGCCCACUCAUCAUGAUCGUAAUCUUGAUUUUCUACUUCAUUACCCAAAUCUCGAAGACACUCACUUAUUUGGUCUGGGACGAGGAGGCGGCGAGCUUCCCCACCCUCGAACCACGUCCAUAUCCCUCCUGGAUCUACGCCAUCAUCUUCAUCUUGGCUGGAGUUCCCAGUUUAGCCAUCCCAGGUACCGCCCUCUUCAAGUUCAUCCAGAACAAAUGCUGCAAGCCGAAGGACUACAGUGACAAGAAACUGGACACCAUCUCUGCCAAAAUACAAAUGAGUGACAAAAAGUUUUAAAUAGCUUUUCUAUUGAUUAUUUAAAAAUGUGUCGAGGUGGACCUGUUUUAUUAUACUUAUUGCUUUUCUCUUCCUUGUGCCCUGUACAAUAAUAAAAGAGCACACUAGUGACUACUGACUGGAAAGUAGGAGUAAAUUUAGAAGCAUUUUCUGUAAAAUACUUGUUUUGGAGAAAAGAGUAAUUGAUAAUACUUUUCUUGCUAUUGUAAUAUGUAUGUACAUUAGUAUGAAUCUGUAUAUUACAUUAAAGGAAUAGUUGGACAUUU